ACAUUUAUUCCAGCUGCCUGGGAGGGAGGGAGGGAGAGAGAGAGAGAGAGAGAGAGAGAGAGAGAGAGAGAGAGAGAUCUCAAGAAAAUACAGAGGAAGGAGCCGGCGAUAUUAAGACCUUCUGAAGCUGUUACGUGCCCCCCUCAUUUUCAACCACACACAAUGAUUUCUACUCAGAGACACCACAGUGAGGCAGGUGGCCUCGGUCCAGAUCAGUAGCUGUGGUAAGAAGCCAUCUUAACUGCACUCACUAAGGUUUGAGGUGUGGUUUGGAUCCUCCCUGACCAUCGGAGCGUGGGCAGAGUUAGAGGAGCUUCACUUUCUUGCCCAGUGCGGGGAGACCGCACGCCAGGCACGAGGCUCCCCCGCUCCUCCCCUCUCCCACUCUGCCUUCUCCUUGGGCUUCCGUCCAGAGAAUGACUGGCUCCAGAGGACCCAAGAAGAGGAACGCAGCCUGAGGAUACAGUAAAGCAACUCCAGCCCUGCCUGCCUGCCUGCCUGCCUGCUGGGGAACAAAAUAAAAGCUGGUUCCACAAGUCAACUCCAACGCCUUCCUUGGAUUCAUACGCUUGAAUUAUUAUUUUAUGCUUUUUCUGUCAUCAGACCAGGAGGACGGGAUUCAAGCCGGGCGUACAGACGGACAAACAGACAGAAGGACUGACAUAUGGAAGAGAGCAGUGGGCACUGCGGCGUGAAUGUAGCAACUGGACUUCUUUUCUCCCUGGUUACUGAGACCAAACAAUCCUGUCCAGCGAGGUGGUGGGUGGAUGCGGCUUUCAUCAGGCUGCUAAAGGGCAAAGCAGAGACUGUGUAGAAGCUGCAGAGACAUAUAGUUGAUCCACAUUGUGGGAAUAGCCUGAAAAUGGACAGUUACGUCCAAGUAGACUUUGGUUGGAUUGCUAUCUCUUAUUAAACAUUGUUUGCACAAACUUACUUUCUUUUUUCAUGGACUUGGCUGACCAUAUUGAGUGGACCUGCAGGAUUUCUGUGUAGAUGAACGUGAAGUGAAGAGAGUGUUUAAAUGAAGAUGGCCGAGUGCAAACAGACUGUGUACCUGAUAAUGAUGCUGCUGUUUUUUGAUCUGCUCGGUACGGCUCACACAGCCAACAGCAUCUACCCGAGGAUACGGCUCUCUCACAAAGAGCUUUGGCAGCUGAACAGGACCUGGGUGUUCCACGGCCAUGGGACAGCAUCGCUUCAGCCCCAGACCAUGCUGCUGGAUGAAGGCCACGGGAGGCUUUAUGUUGGGGCCAAGAAUACUCUGUUCUCCCUUAGCCUGGACCGGGUCAACACACAACACAGAGAGAUCCAGUGGGCCAGUACAGAAUCUCAGAAGGAGGAAUGUUUGAUGAAGGGAAGAGAAAAGUCGGAGUGUGCUAACUACAUCAAGGUCCUGCAGCAGUACAACCAAACUCAUUUGCUGGUCUGUGGGACGGGAGCCUUUAACCCCAUCUGUGCCCUGGUCAGAAUAGGACACACAGGGCAGGACAGGCUGUUUGCUCUUGAGGAAGACAGCAUCAUGAGUGGCAGAGGACGCUGUCCAUACGACUAUAACAGUCCUUCCACGUCUACGCUCUCCAGAGGAGAGCUGUAUAUUGGCCUGUAUACAGAUUACUGGGAGAAUGAUGGAGCGUUUUGUCGACUGAACAACCAGACCUACACACGCACUGAACGAGACGACAAGCAGCAACUCAAUGAACCUAAAUUUGUGGGGUCUGCUGUCAUCCCCGACAACGAUGACAGGGACGAUGAUAAAGUGUACUUCUUCUUCACUGAGCGGGAGAUGGAUUCUGAGGGAGGGAACAAGGCGGUGUUUACGCGCGUUGGCCGGGUCUGUGCGAAUGACCAAGGAGGACAGAGAAUGCUGGUGAACAGGUGGAGCUCCUUCCUGAAAACCCGUCUCAUCUGCUCUGUGGCUGGACCCAAUGGCAUCGAUACACACUUUGAUGAACUCGAGGAUGUGUUUGUGCUUAACAACAAGGAUGGGAAACACCCUGAAAUAUUUGGCCUCUUUAGCACAACAAGUGCGGUGUUUAAAGGCUAUGCAGUAUGUGUCUAUCACAUGGAUGAUAUAAGAGCAGCCUUUAAUGGUCCAUUUGCCUACCGAGAGAGACCUGAGCAUCACUGGACAGCUCAUGAGGACAGAGUCCCCUACCCUCGACCUGGAUCUUGUGCCAGUAAAGUGAACGGAGGUGGCUUCUCAAGUUCAAAGGAGUUUCCCGAAGAGGUUUUGCGUUUUGUGCGCUCUCACCCCGUGAUGUAUCGCCCAGUCCUUCCGCACCACGGGAGACCUGUCCUGCUGCAGACAGAGACGGGCGGGAGAAAGCUGACCCAGAUCGCUGUGGACAGAGUCCAAGCCCAGGACGGACACUAUCAUGUCCUCUACAUCGGCACCGACGACUCAGUGGUGUUAAAAGUUAUCACCAUCUACAACAAAGACACAGACACUAUGGAGGAGGUGCUGCUGGAAGAGCUGCAAGUAUUUAAGGUGCCAGCACCAAUAAGAGAAAUCAUAAUAUCACCUAAACGGCAACGGCUGUAUGUUGGGUCAGAAGCGGGUGUGGCCCAAGUCGCACUGCAUCAGUGUGACCUCUAUGGCUCAGAAUGUGCUGAUUGUUGUCUGGCCAGAGACCCUUACUGUGCCUGGGAUGGUCUCACCUGCACCAGAUACUACCCUGCUGGAAUUUACACAAAAAGCAGAAGAUUCAGACGGCAGGAUGUUCGCCAUGGCAACGCUGUCCAGCUGUGCAAUGGGCUGCAAAUUGAGGAUGAACAAUGGCAAAAAGCUGAGGAGAGGCUGGUGUACGGUGUGGAGAGCAACAGCACUUUACUCGAGUGUGUCCCUCGAUCACUUCAAGCCAAGGUCCUCUGGUUCCUGCAAAAAGACGGAGAGAAGCACGAGGUUCGAGGCGAUGAGCGAGUCAUCGUGACCUCCCACGGGCUGCUGUUUCUGCGAGUGAGAAGCUCUGACGCUGGUACGUACGUAUGCCAGACUGUGGAGCAUGGAUAUGUGCACACAAUGCUGCGGCUCUCUCUGCGCGUGCUCAGUGGAGAAAGGGUGCAGUCAGCAAUCCACCAAGUCAACGAUGGGGAAGCAGCGAAAGCUGCAUUUCCACGCCCCUCCUCCCUGGACCCCCCACUAGUUCCCAGCAUUAGCCCAAAGGCUAAUGGCCCCCACUCCAGGGUGUGGUACAAGGAGUUUCUCCAGCUCAUCGGCUACGGGGAUGCUCAGAGAGUAGAGGAGUACUGUGAGAGAGUGUGGUGCACUGAUAAGAAACGCAAAAAGAGCAAGAGGAAGUAUGCUCCUCCGAGUGGCGAGAAGAGAGGGAAAGGCAGAGGAGAGGAGAACUCCCACCGAGUGCCCAGGCACACCGUGGCCACCUGAGGAGAACAAAGAUUGACUAAACACGCACACACUUGCAUGUGCACGAACACACUCAAGAGGUGGAUCUCAAUUGUUUGUUUGCACCAUAUAAAGGCUUUUCAAUUUGUUUUUAACCACAGUAGUAACAGAAUAACGAUAGUAGGUUACUGUAGCAAGCUGUCUAGCGGUUCUAGAGACAUUCAUCAGUAGUUUGACUUUGAUGUUUCACUUAUUUAAAAUGCAACACUUUGCCUUUUUGUAUAGAUAAACGGAUGAUGUGGUUAAAAGCCUGUGUAAAUAUGUGACACGUCAGUGUCAGGGCAGUAGAGGACACAGGAGGAGAUGGAGGGCAGAUUUGUUUCCCUAUGUUUGCCUCUGAUCUGAAGAGAGAUAUAUAAAGAGAAUAUAACUGUGGACCCAUCCAGCCCAGCAGUCAAUCCGAAUGGACAGACAUUGCCACACCAGACCCGAGGCCCACUGUCAUUCAAUGGCUCUAAAUGAUGAGCUGUUUGUAUUUUGAGAGAAAAUUAUGUUUAAGGUAAAGGCCUACUAAUCAUUUUUUGGUACUAUGAUAACUUAUUGUCUUGGUUCAUGCUUUGAGGUCCGUAGUUGUUUUUUAGAUGUCUCAAACUGGAAAAUAUAAUGGGUUUCUUUUGUACAGUAAAUAAUAUCUUGAGCUUUAUGAUGAUGAACCACACACUCAAUGCUACAAUUCCACUAUUACUGAUAUUUGAAUCAUGUUUUGUUAUAAUUAGGCCCUUCAUGGAAUCAUUACCAUUCUAGCUAUUCAGUAGAUGAAAAGUUGUCCCAUUAGAGAAUGUUCAUUUUUUUAUGUGUAACUUGCAUCAACAGACCAAAUCUACCAACAGUAUUGUCCAUUGUAUAUUGUAUUUAUACAACAUCCUGUGGGGUUUGUUUGCAAAUUUGUUAACUGUAACUGUAUUUAAAGUUAUUCUUUUUCCGCCUCUCUCUAUCUCUCUCUCUCUUCUUUGUUCAUCUGAAACAAUGUUCCAAAUAGAUUCAUGAUUACCACAACUGAUCAUUCAGCCUCAUAAAUAUUCAACUCUGAGAUGACAGAAAUGUUCGGAUAAUGGGAUACAAUCAUGACAGUAAAAUGCAAUGUAUGUUUUUUGGGUCACUUUAGAGUUUUCAUAAUGGGGUAAAACAUAUUUAAUAGAGCCAUUCAUUAUUCUCCUUGAAUACUCUUUAUCUCGGAGCCUUUUCUUAGAUUGAACAUGUUGUAUACCCGUAUCAAUUACCUGCCAUUAAAAAAAUGGAACAUCCUAUCCAAGUGUCACCUCAGUGGUUUAGCCAUCAAUAAUGUCAUAGUAUACUUAGUCCACAUUCUCUCUCACACACACACACACACACACAAGAGUUGGAGAGAGAGCAGAGAGCAGCAAUCACCUUAGAACAUAGUUAUGUAAAGCUAUAUUUUGUUCAAUAGAGGAGGUGCUAAAGUACUACAUUCGUCUCUUUGUUUCCUUUAAAGUAUAUGCUGGUAAAACACAAAAUCCGAACAAACAGCAAAGAUUCGUUAUGAUUUAGCUUUUACCCGUGUUUAGGUGCACCAUGCUCAUUCAAAUUCUGUCUGGGUCUACCUGAGUCGGUGGGUAGCUGAAGGCAUUUGAGAAUGGGAUUAAUGCUGCUGAUUUAUUACACAUGGCUACCAUAGCAACAGGCUCUGAACUGGUACAGCUCUCCUCCUCAUCCAAGGUCUCCCCCUCUUUCUUUCUCGGUCAGGUUUCAGCUGUUGCUCUGGUCCGUGGCCCCCUCCAGCCACUGGAUCACCCUACUCUAAUCUAUGAGAUAGGUCCGCUUCAUUAUGUUUCAAAGUUAUUUUAUUCUGAGACUGAAGCUGACAUUUUACUGCUAGAUAUUGUUUCUGAAGGAUUUAGGACCAGAUGCAAAAACCGUGAUGAAUCUUGAGCUGCUCUACAUGUAUCUGUCACUGAGUAAAAAUGACAGUGCUUUUCCUUUUUCCUCUAGCACCCUACUUGUUUUCUCUUGUAGCUUUUGAUGUCCCCAUGUGGUGCUGUUUCAAUCAGUAGCCAAUGCACCAGAAUACUUUAUUACAAAUGAAAAUGUCACAGAGGGAAUGAAGAAGGAAAAAACGAACACUGGAGGACAAACACGCCUCUACAACCAGUAACACUCCACAUGCUGUCAGUCUGUACAGUACAGUAUAUUGUAUAUCUAUGUGUACAUGUUUUUGCAAAAAUGGUUGAAUUUGCACACAAGCCUUGAUGGGUAUGUUUGUAUAAAUAAGAAUAAAAGCUCAGCAGAAAU